UGAAAUUCAAAUCACUUGGUUUAAAAAGGGGGGAAAAAUAAAAUAAAAUAAAAUAAAAGGCAUCUAAAAUAAGGAAGAGAGAAAAGAGAAAAAAAGGUCCCACAAUCCCAAUCUAAAAGAUUCCAAGUCCACCCUCUCCAUUUGGAAUCCAAAUCCUUCAUCUCUUCUCUUUUCCUCUCCCUAUAAAUAAACUCCCAAAUCAAAUCCAAACACAAACACAAACAAACCCAUUUCAAUCAACCAAAUAUAUAUCCAAACAAAGCUAAGAAAAAGAAAAAGGGAAAAAGAAAAGAACGUCUAACCCGUUCGGAUUACGAAAAUGUCAGGCGUUUGGGUAUUUCGAUCCAACGGCGUGAUGCGUCUCGUCGAAAACUCUCAAGCCGGCGACGAUUACUCCUCGGACGGUCACGGCCACCAGCAUCACCACCACGGCGGCGGUGGCGGAAGAAAGAAGGUUCUGGUUCAUCUUCCAUCAGGACAACCGGUUUGUUCCUACGGAUUUCUUCAGAAGAUUCUAGAAGGUUUAGGAUGGGAACGAUAUUACGAAGGAGAUCCCGAUUUCUUCCAAUUUCAUAAACGAUCGUCCAUUGAUCUCAUUUCUCUUCCAAUGGAUUUCUCCAAAUUUAAUUCCAUUUAUAUGUUCGAUCUCGUCAUCAAAAACCCUAACGUCUUUCACGUUAGAGAACCCUAAACUUUUUACUUUAAUUUAUUUUAUUUCAUUUUUCCCUUUGUGAAAUAUAUUAAUUAUUUAAUAAUUAGUCUUUGUAUUAGUCUCUGGAAUUUUCUGUUCAUAAGAAUGCAAAAAAAGAAAAAAAAAAAGUCAUGUUUAAUAAAUUUUUCUUUAUCUUUUUUUUCUGGAUGA